AUGCCAAGAAAAAGCAGAACUCCUAAACAGAAGAAGACCAAAGAAGAACAAGAAGAAUUAGAUGAUAUUAGGACAAUUGAGCGUGGCGAGAGCAGCCAGAAUUCAGAACAACUCCUUAGAAUGAACUAUCUCUACCAACUGAGUAUCAAAAUGAUGAACUUAGGAGGGAAAGAUACUAAUUUUACCGGUGUUGUUAAUACUAAAAAGCAUCCUACAGUGAAAUGUCCUGGCCUCGCAAGAUUUUAUCUCCAUGAACUCCGGAAAAUAGGCAAGAAGAAUGUCAUCAGAAUUCACAGUGAUGUAAAGAAACUUGAGUCAAUGCUAGUCAAUGAUGAGGUGAAGAAGCACCCUCAAUGAAAACACAAGUAAUUAGUGGAUGUUCAAUCUUAGGCAUCUAAAU